UUGAAAAAACCGAAGCUUUGACACAGAUCCAAAGCUUAUCACACACAGCACCGAUUUAUUCCGGUCCGACUCACCACCGGUCCACCGCCGUGUUCCCGAUCGGCAACCUCUCUGACUCUCUUCUCCGGUGACAUCUCCGAUCAGGGAGUUACAGGGGAAAUCAUGAACUUCCUGAUGCUGAGGUCUAAUCAGACUGCAGCUUCUGAGCAUUCACCUGCUCGUGAAGUUCAAUCGGUGCCAACUCAUGCUGCCAAACCAAGUACUACUUUAGAGGGCCUUAUUGCUGAAGAACCUUAUACGGAGAGUGAGAAACGUGACGGUGAGAGUGAUGAAUUUGAGGAUGAAGAUCUUGAGGACAUAAAUGAGAAAAACAACUCUCAAUUUGCUGCCAACCACAUUGAUGUUAAAGAGGACGAAGGAUGGAUAACUAUUCCAAAGGAUAAACUUCCUGAUAACUGGAGUGAGGCACCAGAUGUAUCUUCCAUAUGCUCACUGGACCGCUUCUUUGUUAUACCUGGUGAACAGGUCCAUAUACUUGCAUGUCUCUCAGCCUGUAAGCAGGAUACAGAAAUUAUUACACCUUUUAAAGUUGCGGCCGUCAUGAAACAAAAUGGUAACACAGGGAUUACUUCCGGGUCUGUUUCCCCUAGAGAAGCAGUGGAUGAUAGUAGUGUAAGUGAGGAUGGCAAUUCAAAUAUUAACCCCGAAAAGGAGGUUUCUACUGGUGAAAAUCUGUUGAGAUUGGAAGAUUACAAAAGACAAACUGAAUCACUAGUACAAAGGUUUAACAGUUCUCACUUUUUCGCUCGAAUUGCCGAGUCAGAUGAGCCUCUAUGGUCGAAAAGAAAAGCUAUGGAGGAAGUAUCUGAUAUGAUUGGAGCAGAUGGCUCAGAAACAGUGAAGACACUUAAAACGAAGCCGUCUUUGAGUGCUUCCACUGAUAAGGGAAACUUUGAUGCUAGAACCUCUGGUGGAGUGGCAAGAAAUGCUGUCAAGUGUUGUGCCCUUUCAAAUGGAGAUAUAGUGGUACUUUUACAAGUAAAUGUCGGCAUUGAGUUUGUGAGAGAUCCCGUGCUUGAAAUUCUUCAAUUUGAGAAGUAUCAAGAGAGAAGUUUGUCGUCUUUGAAUGAGGAGAAUUUGACUUAUGCUAAGCAGGAUCCCUGUGGUGAACUGUUGAAAUGGCUACUUCCUAUAGAUAAUUCUAUUCCUCCUUCCGCACGACCUUUAUCCCCACCUCAAUUAAGUUCCAGUGCGAGCAUUCGUAGCACAUCCACAAAGCCCAUCGUAUCUGGAUCUUCUGGAUCACAACUCUUUUCUUUUGGUAACUUUAGAAGUUACUCCAUGUCUUCACUUCCACCAAAUAGUGCACCACCUCCAUCUGUUACAACCUCCACUACUGGACCAAGUUUUAAUCCAGAAGAUUGGGAACGCUUUUCAUUUCAAAGGUCAGUGAAGAGUGAAAAGACCGGGAGUGAAGGACUUUUAUCCUUUAGAGGUGUAUCUCUUGAGCCAGAAAGAUUUUUGGUUCGUUGUGGUUUAGAAGGUAUUUUCAUCCCUGGAAGAAGAUGGAGGAGGAAAAUUGAAAUAAUUCAACCAGUAGAAAUUACUUCUUUUGCUGCUGACUGCAAUACAGAUGAUCUCCUUUGUGUCCACAUCAAGAAUGUCUGUCCAACACAUGCACCUGAUAUUGUUGUCUACAUAGAUGCCGUAACAAUCAUUUUUGAAGAAGCUUCAAAAAGUGGGCCUCCUUUAUCAUUACCAAUUGCAUGUAUUGAAGCUGGUGAAGACUAUAGUUUGCCAAAUUUGGCCCUCAGGAGAGGUGAAGAACAUUCUUUCAUUCUCAGACCAGUCAAUCCCAUCUUGAAGAGUUCCAACUGUCAUAGUGGAAAAACUUUUCGAUCUUCACGAGUACAUUCUAGAAGUGCAUCAUCAACAUGGCACCAUCUUUCCAAUAUUGAGGAAAGAAAUAUUGGGUCACCUACUGAUAAAUAUGCAGUUCUGGUAUCAUGUCGAUGCAAUUACACAGAAUCAAAGUUGUUCUUCAAGCAGCCAACAAGCUGGAGACCACGAAUUUCUAGGGAUCUUAUGAUCUCUGUUGCUUCUGAAAUGACAAAACAAACCCUUGGAUCUUUUGAAGGAGGUGCUCAGCUUCCAGUACAGGUCUUAACUCUUCAGGCAUCAAACCUGACUUCACAAGAUCUGACAAUGACAGUGCUUGCUCCGGCUUCCUUUACUUCUCCACCUUCUGUGGUGUCAUUGAGUACUUCACCGACAUCACCAAUGAGUCCCUUCAUUGGCUCUUCUGAUUUUAUGGAGAGAGUGAGUAUUGAUAAGCAAAUUAGUACUGCUCAGAGCAAUAGCUUGGUAUCAGUAAAUCAAGUACCGGAAGGGAAAAAAAUUUCCCAAUCAGUUUCAUUUAGUGAGAGAGUCACUCCCAUACCUGAUGUGCUUCCAAGUGGCGAUUCAGGUUGUACACAUCUAUGGUUGCAGAGCAGAGUUCCCUUGGGAUGUGUGCCCGCUCAAUCUACAGCAACCAUCAAACUUGAAGUGCUUCCCCUGACGGAUGGUAUAAUCACACUUGAUUCUUUACAGAUUGAUGUAAAGGAGAAAGGUGUGACAUAUGUUCCUGAGCAUUCUCUGAAGAUUAAUGCAACUUCAAGCAUUUCCACUGGGAUUAUCUGAGGUGACUAUUUACAGUUUUCGGAUGUCGUAAGUGGACAGAAAGAUACUCAUAGUGCUAGUGUCAUACGUAGAUGAUAUCGCGGAUUUGAUGUAAAUUGAGGAGUCCAUUUGGUGUGAUGAUUUUGUGUAGAUUUAUAAAAUGCUAGCCUUUAGAAUUGACAAACUAAAGGAGAGAAUGGAUUAUAUGAAGGGAUUGUGACUGUACCUUAUUGUAGAUGAUGUUAUGUUCAAUUUGAAGUACCCACCAGGUGGAAAAGUGAAAAGCAAAUGGAAGACU